AUGAAUGACGAUAUAAAUAUAUUCGAUGUGGAAUUGAUUAAUAAACAUACCAAUGAAUUCAAUAUAUUAUACCGGAAAUUAACGUCAACUGAUGUCGAUCAAGCAUUGCACACAUUAAAAACAAAUCAAACAUCAUCUCAACAACAAACAAUUUUUUCAAAUAAUGAAUUUUUAACUAUAUUAAAUGAACAAGAAUGUAGCUGUUGUCGUCUUCUUCGAACGAAUAUACCAAAUCGUUCUUCAUUGCCAUUAGCUCGUCGUGGUCGUCCACAUUUUUCAACUCGACCUCAUCAUUUACUAUGUUCAAAUUGUACAGAAAUUAAACGUCAACAACAAAUUGAUAUUUUACAAAAUCAACAACAACAACAUCGUCCGAAUCAUAUUAGUCAAAUAACAAUUAAUUUAAAUAUAUCGCCUGAAGAACAAAAUGCUUUAAAUAAUCAUCCAUAUGAAACAGAUCAAAUACUUAAUAUAAAAGUUAAUACUUCGAAUGGAAAUACUAUUGAUGUUUCAUAUGAUACGAAUUCAUUAAAUGAACAUGAAAAGAAAUUGUUAGUUGAACAAACUAUUAAUAAACUUCAAAUGAUUCUUAAUAAUCGAACAACAACAAUGACAGAUAUUAAUCAUGAAUCUAUCGAAUUUACUUAUCGUACAUUAGAAACAACAAUUAAUAUUCUUUCGUCAUCGUCACACAAUUUAAUUUAA